AUGCUCAAGAUAUGGCCAAAAAAUGAACCCCCCCUCAAAAAGGCAAGAGGGUGGAGGUCCGGUGGAGGAGCUAGGAGGAGGUGGCGCACAAGCAGUGCUCCAGCGGUACUCCGAGGAGGAGCGGUGGGUGGUGGAGGAGGAGGCCGGGCGGGGGUGGUAGUGGAGCCAGGUGGUGGCGGCGCUGCUGGCUGGGGUGACAGACUACUGGCGGUUGCUGGUGCUGCUGGUUGGGGCGGCAGAUGGCUGACGAGAGUCAGAAGGGGGGGUCAGCAGGGCUGGACUGAUAGGUCUGGUAGGCGUCGUACGAUGACCGAACUGUCAGGUCCGCCCCUGGUCCUCUGGGCGACCAGGGGCGGGCGCAGGAGGCGGUGGCGCGUGGGCGGCACUGGGGCAGCGUGGCUGGCGGUGGGCGGCGCGCUGGAUGGGCGUGGGCGAGCUGGCGGCGGCGUGCGGGCUGCUGGCGACAGGCGGGUUGCGGGCUGCGCUGGGCGGCGGCGCGGAGGUUACCACCAGCUGCGGUGGCCGAGCGGUGGCCGCUGGGCUGGGCGGGGGCGACGCUGGCCUUAA